AGCUGACGGAGCUAACGGCAGCUAACAGUCAACAUGGCGUUCAUCACCGCCAGCUGGAACCCGCUGGGAGACGCUUUCUACCGUAAGACAGAGCUGUAUGAGAUGUGUUGGAGUCUGAGGGACGGACUCAGAGACUGUUUGGUGGCUGCAGCUCCAUAUGGAGGACCAAUAGCUCUCCUGAGAGAACCUCUGAGACGUUCUCCGAGUUCUCGUCCUCAGUUGGACAUCUAUUCUGCGUCUGGAGGUUCUAUCGCCAGCUUCCCGUGGAAGAGUGGUGCCGUGGUGCAGCUGGGUUGGACAGUCAGCGACGAGCUUCUGUGUAUCCAGGAAGACGGUUCAGUCCUCAUCUACGACCUGUUUGGAUCCUUUAAGAGACACUUCAGCAUGGGACAGGAGGUGGUCCAGACUCAGGUGUUGGAGGCCAAAGUGUUCCACUCUCCAUAUGGGACAGGGGUUGCCAUAGUAACAGGCUCCUCCCGCUUCACCUUGGCAACCAACAUCGACGACCUGAAGCUCAGGAGGUUACCUGAAGUCCCAGGUCUGCAGGGACCUCCGUCCUGCUGGGCCGUCCUCACCCAGGACAGACAGACCAAAGUCCUGCUGGCUACUGGACCAGACCUCUACAUCCUGGACAGCACAUCCUGCACCGCGGUGAGUCCCCCAGGUCUCGGUCCUCAGGCCGGCAGUAUUGUCCACAUGUGCGUGUCUUUCAGUUAUAAAUACCUGGCUCUCUUCACUGACUCUGGACACCUGUGGACAGGCCCCUCCCACCUGCAGGACAAACUGAGUGAGGUCGACACCAAGGUGAGGAUGUCUCCCAAACAGAUGGUGUGGUGCCGCAGACCAAAGUCCCAGCAGCCGUCUGUGGUGUUGAUGUGGGACAGACUCCUCCUGGUGGCCGGAGUCUGUAGUGACACCAUCCAGUUCCCAUUGGAUGAUCAGUGUGUGUGUGUGGGCGAGCUGGACGGCGUGCGGAUCAUCAGCUCGUCCAAUCAGGAGCUGCUGCAGGAGGUUCCUCUGGUCUGUCAGGACAUCUUUAAAAUCGCCUCCAUGGCGCCCGGAGCCCUGCUGCUGGAGGCCCACCGCGAGUAUGAGAAGUGUAGUCAAAAGGCUGAUGAGUACCUGCGGGAGAUCAAGGAGCAAAGCAUGCUGGGAGAAGCAGUGAGACAGUGUGUGGAGGCAGCAGGACACGAGUACGACUCCAAUACCCAGAAGUCCCUGCUGAGGGCGGCGUCCUUUGGGAAAUGUUUCCUCACAGAUUUCAGUGCCGAGUCGUUCGUGUCGACGUGCCGAGAGCUGCGAGUGCUGAACGCCGUCAGAGACGCUGCGGUCGCUCUGCCGCUCACACACACUCAAUUCAAACAGAUGACUCUGCAGGUGCUGAUCGACAGGUUGGUGUAUCGGCAGUUUUAUCCGCUAGCGAUAGAAAUCUGUCGUUAUCUGAAGAUUCCAGAUUAUCAAGGAGUCAGCCGAGUCCUCAAACACUGGGCUUCCUGCAAGGUGCAGCAGAAGGACCUAUCAGAUGAGGCUAUAUCCAGAGCGGUGUGUGUGAAGGUAGGAGACUCAGCUGGAGUGUCGUACUCUGACAUCGCUGCUAAAGCCUUCGAGUGUGGACGCACCGAGCUCGCCAUCAAGCUGCUGGACUACGAGGCUCGCUCAGGUGAGCAGGUCCCUCUGCUGCUGAAGAUGAAGAGGAGUCAGCUGGCUCUGAGUAAAGCUGUGGAGAGUGGAGACACUGACCUGGUGUACACGGUGGUGAGCUACCUGAAGAACGAGAUGAACAGAGGUGAUUUCUUUAUGACUCUGAGGAACCAGCCGGUCGCUCUCAGCCUCUACAGACAGUUCUGUAAGCUGCAGGAACAGGAAACGCUGAAGGAUCUUUAUAACCAGGAUGACGACCACCAGGAGCUCGCUAAUUACUACGUUACUGCCAGUUACAGAGAAAAGCGGUUGGAGAGUCGGCUGUCCCUUCUGCAGACGGCUGUGGACGAAUUCAAUAAGGCCAAGAACGAGUUCGCUGCCAAGGCCACCGAAGAAGAGAUGAAACUGCUGCGAUUCCAGAGAAAACUGGAUGAUGAGAAAGGGGCGGGGCUACUGGGACUGUCUCUACAGGCAACCAUGGAGGCUCUGCUGGCAUUAGGACUUCAAAAACAGGCGGAGCAGCUUUACAGAGACUUCAGAGUCCCUGAUAAGAGGUACUGGUGGCUCAAACUGAAGUCUUUGGCAGAGAAGGAGGAGUGGGAGGAGUUAGAAAAGUUCUCUAAGAGUAAGAAGUCUCCUAUUGGCUACCUGGCCUUCGUGGAAGUCUGCAUGAAGAGUAACAACAAGUAUGAAGCCAAGAAGUACGUUACCAAGGUGACGCCUGAGCAGAGGGUCAAAGCUCACCUGGCCAUCAGUGACCUGGAGGGGGCAGCAGAGGCAGCGAUGGAGCGGAGGAGUGAAUCAGAGAUGGGGGCGGUCCUCUCCAGAUGCUCCGACUCUGACCGGCUGUUGAUCGACAGGCUGAACCGAGCCAAAGCCUCCGCUGCCAAAAAGUGAUCGCCCGGUUACCAUAGCAACCAGUUUGAUCACCCCGUUACCAUAGCAACCAGUUUGUUCUUUAUUUAUUGAUGUGUGCUAAUAAAUCAUUGAUUAUUAAUCAUCAGUCCAGACCAAUCAGAAGAGGCCUUGCAGGUGACCUCGAUAUGACCUCACCUGUCUUUUAUUAACUGAUCCCAGACCUGUAUUAUUAACUCUGCACUAAAUGAACUUUAUUAAUUAUUAAAUGUUUUGUGUGUGAAGGGUUAACCCUAACCCUCCAUAAUAAAUACAUGAAUGU